GCGACUGUGCGCGCUCCCCCGGGCCGCCCGGUCCUGCUGCGCAUGCUCGGCGCCCACUGCCCACCAGCGACCCCCGGCGCUCCCGAGCGUCUGCAGUUCGGCCCUGCACCCUAGCCUGGGCAUCCCGCCUGCAGCCAUGACGGCUCAUUCCUUCGCCCUCCCGGUCAUCAUCUUCACCACGUUCUGGGGCCUCAUCGGCAUCGCCGGGCCCUGGUUCGUGCCGAAAGGACCCAACCGCGGAGUGAUCAUCACCAUGCUGGUAGCCACCGCGGUCUGCUGUUACCUCUUCUGGCUCAUCACUAUCCUGGCUCAGCUGAAUCCCCUUUUCGGGCCGCAGCUGAAGAAUGAGACCAUCUGGUACGUGCGCUUCCUGUGGGAGUGACCGCCGCCACUUCGGCCCCAGGUGCCCCAGCUCUCCGGAUGACUUUGGCUGUGCUGUCCCCGACGACCCCUCUGUCCCCACCCUCACAGCUGUAUCUGGAUCCCUCAAUGGCUUCCUCCCCCAGGAUCUGCCUGGUGCCAGCAGCUCCUGCCUUCUCCAUCCAGGGGGAGGCCCGAAGCUGAGUCA